UAGUACAGAGUGAAUUUACUCUCGGGAGACUACGACAAUUGAUGGUCACGGCCAGCAUGCAACCACCACACAGUAGAGGAAAAAAUUAUCUUAUCUUGUUUUUUAUCUUUAAACUAUACUGAUUGUUGCAAAAAAUAAAUAGAGUAUUUGUAAAUAGCUUUUUUAAUACCGUCGGUGAGUAAACGGAUAUGUGUUUCGGUUCGGUUCGGCAUAUGACAACCGCAUUAUGCUCGACUCAUCUCUCAACUUUAGGCUGCGGAGGAGAGGCUGCACCUUGGUUGUAGUUUUAGGUGUUAUUAAUCUCUUAGUGGCUUUAUUUUAUUUCAUGGGUUACUCGAAUGGGUUGUCACCAAACCAACAACUACAGACACAGACGCGAAUUGAAACGGAUUUUAUUACCGUGACACUUCCACCGGAAAAUAUUGGACAUCACGACCUUAAUAAUAAUAGCGUUGUAACAUUGCAAACUCCGAAGCUUCACGAUAUACAUUUACCCAAUACAACUACUACAACAACUACUAACACUACUACUACUACAACUUCGUGGAAAAAGUUAGAAAAAUGUCCUGAUCCGUCUCCACAUCUUGUUGGGCCUCUCAGGGUUGAGUUCUCUACGCCUGUCAGCUUGGACACAGUGAGGAAGGAGAACCCAGGUCUGCAGGAAGGAGGUCGCUACAAACCACAUGACUGCGUCGCCCUCCAGAAGGUUGCUCUAAUCAUCCCCUUCCGCCAUCGUGACGAGCACCUCAAGUUCUGGCUCUACUACCUCCAUCCCAUCCUUCAGCGCCAACAGCUGGACUAUGGUGUCUACGUCAUCAAUCAGGAUGGAGACAACACGUUCAACAGGGCUAAGCUGAUGAACAUUGGCUAUGCUGAGGCCCUGAAAGAGUAUGACUACGACUGCUUUGUGUUCAGUGACGUGGACCUCAUCCCCAUGGAUGACCGCAACACCUACAAAUGCUUCAGCCAGCCCAGACACUUGUCUGUCUCCAUGGACAAGUUUGGCUUCAAGUUGCCCUAUAACCAGUUCUUUGGCGGUGUCUCAGCGUUAAGUAAGGAGCAGUUCCUGAAAAUCAAUGGCUUUCCCAACAGCUACUGGGGCUGGGGUGGUGAAGAUGAUGACAUUUUCAACAGGGUGAGCUCCAGAGGAAUGUCCAUCUCUCGUCCAGAUAGCGAGGUCGGAAAAUGCCGGAUGAUCCGUCACGAAAGAGACAAACUGAACGACCCAAAUCCUCAGAGGUUUGACAGAAUACAACGCACGAGACUGACGAUGAAUACCGAUGGGAUCAGCUCUCUCAAGUACGAAGUCAUCAAAGUGGAAAAGGAUCCUCUGUUCACGAAAAUCACAGUAGAUGUGGGGAAACCUUAGUGAAAGUGGAUAAAUGUGAGGAGUUAUUUUGCACAUCACUAAUCACAAGGUGGCGGGCAGUGAAAGCACGGCAGAACCAUGGAAUACAAUACUGAGAAUGCUCUGAACGCGGGCAUUUAUUGUGGAAACAAAUGGACAGCACUUGGACGAAUAAGAUGGCACAACAAGACCUUGUAAAUAUCAGAGUGGAUCAAAAUGUUUGGUCAACAUGUUUGAUGGCAGUGCAAAAGGGAGAGUGCGUGGGACGAAUAACUUAUUUUGUACAUAAUUUGUAAUGAGUUGCCUGUGUGUAAUUCUGUACGGGACAACUACUUGAUUUAAAUGCGUAUAUAAGUUUAAUAAAUAUGUAUAUAGUUAAUACAUAUUUUAUACAUAGUUUCUUCUUGCAUUUUUGGCAGAGAUAUUUGAGAUGAUUAUGGUUCAAUAUGUUUGAAACUGUGUGAAAGGUCUUAAUCCCGAUCUACAGCAACUGUUGGUUUGGUUACUUAUACAUGUUUCCAAAAACAUCAGUUGAUACACACUUGUUUGCUGUAUUCUGUACAUUCACUACCCACAGGUAGUGAUCAUGAUCACAUGAUCACAUGAUCACUUCCAUGCUUCUUUACAUUCAAAACCUAUUCAGUACCUGUUACACGAAUGAUCACUUCCUUGUUUCUGCAAUGAGUAUACAAAUCAGUCAGGAACAAAUAUACGACCUACCAUCACGAUGGUGUAGUAUGUAGGUAUGGUCAGUCUCAGUCCCCACCCACUUCGCUUAUCUUAAAUAUGUAAAAAUACUGGUUUGGUGAGCAGGUUUGGUGGACCCAACCUGUCACUGUAUUUCAUGUGACUGAAAGCAAAAGCCUAAUGUCUGGUGUUCAGUCAUAGGAAUAGAACAGGGAGAAGUUAUUAAAUAAAAAAAAUGUUUUACAUUUGAA